AUGUCGUCAUCUCUGUUGAACUUAUCUCAGAAGAGCCCCGACGUCCACACGUACUCGGUACGCGCUCAUGAGACCAGGAUAUCGGCAGUGCGGAAGAUCUUUCAUUGCGUGGUCAUCGAUGACGUUUUGAAAAUCGCGUCGUAUCGUCAACGGGGAAUUUUGGCAUGCUGGCCGAAGUCUUGUCGCAAGAAUCUGGAUCGGGUGUCACAACUCGCCCGAUCCGAGACCACGCGAAGUAUCCAUCUUGGACGCGCAGGCCGAAAGCAGACUGCCGGAGAGAACAAGCGUGGCUGGCGUGAUGACCCUUCCCGGAGUCGCGUGUCGCUAUCCGUCGGCAUGCACGCCUACAUUCCAACCCAGAUACAAUGA